AUGGUUCAUAUGAACGUCUUGGCCGAUGCUUUGAAGUGCAUCAACAAUGCUGAAAAGCGGGCUAAACGUCAAGUAAUCAUCAGACCUGCCUCCAAAGUCAUUGUCCGUUUCUUGACCGUCAUGAUGAGACAUGGCAAGUAUUUUUUCUUUUUUUGGAUUUUCUUUUAGGGGGUAUUUGGUUCAUGCUUGGGAUUAACGUCGUAAACGUAUUGUCUACGUGUAGGGAUAGGCUGGCGGCUUUUUAUGCUAGAGUUAGAUUUGAUAUAUAAUUAGUUCUGAGCGUCUGAGUUAUCACUGAUUUUUUUGGGAGUCCAUUAAGAAAAAAUUUGAAUAUUUACCAAAGGCCUACGUAGUUCUUGCAGUUACUUUUGCUUGUUUGAAUAAGAACUCGCUCGGAUCCGUUUAAUUCCAGAUAGAAAACGAAAUGCAGUUUUUAUCCACCUUCAUGCCUGUUUUGCAACGUUUCUUUUUCAGGAUACAUCGGUGAAUUCGAAGUCGUCGAUGACCACCGUGCCGGCAAGAUCGUUGUCAACCUUACAGGUAGAAUCAACAAGUGCAGUGUUAUCUCCCCUCGCUUCGACAUCAACAUCCGAGACUUGGAGAAAUAUUGUACUUCUUUGUUGCCAUCCCGUCAGUUCGGAUACAUCGUCCUUACCACUUCGGGAGGAAUUAUGGAUCACGAGGAAGCACGCCGAAAACAUCUCGGUGGCAAAAUUCUGGGAUUCUUCUUCUAA